AUGUCGCAACCAGAAGAUAGUGCGCCAAGCAUGAGCACACAGCGGCGUACUGUAGCGCCCGGCGCGUCAGUGCAUGAUAUUUCUCGUGCCAUUCCCGUUUUGGUGACGUCUAGCCUCAUUGAGCAAAACCCAGCGCAGGCCGCUGGCGCGUUGAUCACACUUCUAACAGAAGGUCCGCCGGACAAGGCUACAUUGCGGCCUACUACGCCGGAGGACCGGUUUCAGAUCACACGCGGCAUGUUGGAUUACGGUACCUCAUCGUACCUCAAAUACUUUGUGAAUGAUCUGCGAGGCCGCGAGAUUCUGGCGCAGUGGUUAAGUGAUGCUACGCCGCCACGCAAAGCGGAUAUGGAAGAUGUAAGUGAGCGCUAUGCGGCCCUUGUGGGACCUUUGUUAGAUUUAUUACUACGUUUGCCGAUUCAGUUGGAGCAUCUAAAGGACCAUGUAGGUCUGGGGAAGCUCAUUACCGGUGCGCAAAAGCGACUGCGCUCUGAGGCUGCUCGAAAGAAGGCUGAUGCUGUGAAGGACAAAUGGAGUGCCCUGGUCCCUUCCAGCUCGGCGGUACGUGCCCAGUCGCCAUCCAUCCCAGCAUCGACAGCCACUACCGCCAAGCGCCCUGCCUCCGCCAAUGCCGCGACGGAGGCGUCAACCAAAAGGGUGCGCAGCACAACGACAGCCCCUGUAUCGUCCACGACGGUGCGCCCUGCCUCAAGCCUUCUCGGUACAGGCGCAACAACGCGGACGCGCCUGGCGGCCCAGUCUGAACGAAAGGGGUCACCACAGCUGUCGGAUACCAAGUCUACAAGUGCAGCACGACGUACGACCACGACCACGCAGUCCAGUGCCAACAAGGAUCUAGCUAGCUUCAUGUCUCUCAUUGACCAGCAAGCUACGCCAGCUUCGUCAGUAUCGCAAGGUGUGGCGCCGUCGUCUGCAACAAGCACUGCUACGCCCGAACCGGAGGUCAGGCCAGAACGCAAAAAGCCCAAAAAAGGUGUGCGUUGGAAAGAUCAUGACGGGUUACCACUUGUGGCCGUGAAAAUGAUUGAACCGGCCGUGUAUGAUGAAGAUGAACACGGUACGAUAGCCACUGUUGGGCAGCUCGAUAUGGAAGAAGGCGGAAUGUUCCGCUUGGCCCAUGCCGAAAUGGAAGAAAUGAUCGAUUGGUAUACCCCACCGGCGUUGGCACUGGAACCACGCGUCGCAAAGGUAGCCGAUAUGCGUGGAUCGAAAAGCCAAGCCAAAGUACUUCAAGACGAGUAUGAUAGUGAGACUCCGGCGGUGGAGUACGCUGAUGCCAGCGAAAUCCCUGACUCGGCACCAGCGCCUAACAACUACGUAACGGCAUUUGCAUCUGUGGGAAGCGAGCCGCAUAUCAUGACGAUGGGGCCCCACCUACGACCGUUUGCUGCUGACGCUGUCGGGACUUCAAAGGGUGCCGCAGGGCCAGGGCUGCCAGCCACGUUGGCCACAAUGCUGGACCAGCUGGCGAAGGAUACGGUCAAUCGGCCGACGCCGAGCACGAACGCCCCUCCAAGCGAGCCAACACCGGAUGCGCCCCUCCCGCCUCAUACGCCCCUUGCCAAGUAUACGCAGUCUGCGCCCAUGAAUGACAUGCCCUCCUCGUCCUCCGCCCCCCCCAUACCGCCCAUGCCGCCCUGGGGUGGCCCGAUGCCAAUGUGGCCGUUCCCGUUUCCUCCACCCGAUGCGGCCCUUCACCAAAACGCAGGGCCUGUGGAGUCGUCACGUCCGCCGCCCGCAGAGACAGGUCGAAGUCGGGGUGGUAACGGGGGUGGACGUGCUCGUCGCUCUGGACGUCACACACGGUCUUCAUAG